AUGUUAUUAAAUGCAAAUGUUUCUGCAGAAGUGGUAAACUCCAUCAAGAGACCCAACUCGUCAACACCUUUGCAUGAUUUAACAACAAAGAGGUCCAGAGACUCAUUUUACAAGAAAGAAUUGUCGUACAUCCCACCAGCUGCAGUUAAACUUGGUGAACGAUAUGUUACUGUUAAGGGCAGACUUGUGAAGAAAGAUGUCACAGCGUAUAAGAUUCCUUUUUUGGAGAGCAUUGUUAAUUUGCUUCAUGUGCCAGAAAUAUGGAAGUAUGUAAACAAUGGGCAUGCAAGUUCUUCUGGUUUCAUGUGUGACAUUGGAGAUGGAAAUUACGUCAAGUCUAAUGGCUUAUUCAGCAGAAACCCAAAAGCCCUUCAAAUAAUCCUCAACACAGAUGACAUUGAAAUUGUCAACCCAAUUGGCUCUCACACAAAGAAACACAAACUGAGUAUGUUUUACUUCACUCUUGCAAACAUUCCCCCAGAAUUGAGAUCAGGACUACAUGCCAUACAACUUUGGGGUGUUGCUAAAGCAAAGGAUAUUAGGAAGUAUGGGCCUCAAUCUUUGUUGGAUGAAUUCAUCACAACAGUGAGGUCAUUGUCAAGUGGAGGAAUCAAUGUUGAAAUAAAUGGUGAGCAAGUGCUCGUUGAAGGAAAUCUUGUCAUUGUGCCAUGUGACACCCUUGCAGCACAAUGGCUUGCUGGCUUCAAAGAAGGUGUUGGAUUUGCCCACAAGGCAUGCAGAGAAUGUGAGGCUACACAAGUUGAAAUGCAAAGAGAGUUUGUCGAUAGCAACUUUAGGAAGAGGGAUGAGGAAGAACAUAAAAGGAGAUGUGAUGCCCUAGAAUCACCCCUAUCUAAAGAAGCAAAAACAUACUGGAGCAAGGAAUGGGGUGUGAACACCAGAAGCUGUCUGUCUGAAAUUCCUGAUUUCAAACUUUGCUCAGGUUUUGUACAAGACCCCAUGCACAUUUUGCUUGAAGGCUUAGUCCCAUAUGAGCUCAAGCUUUUGCUUACAGAUUUUGUUAAAGAGUCCAAGUAUUUCACCUUGAAGUGGCUCAAUUUCAAAAUUCUUUCUUUCCCAUACACCUAUUUGGAGUGUGCAGCCCGUCCAGAAAUAAUUGAUGCUAAUUCCCUCAAGGAUAAGGGCAGAAUCAAACAGACAUCUGCAGCAAUGAUGACCCUUAUUACUAUCCUUCCUCUGGUUGUUGCUGAUAAAGUACCAAAGAUGAAUGAAAAAUGGCUCAAUUUUCUCAGGCUUGUUCAAAUGACCCUUCUUGCCACAUCCCCAACUUGUAUGUUGACUACUGCAGCACUUCUAAGACAAUUGACGUAUGAACAUCACACAAAAUUUGUGUCUCUCUAUCCAAGGGCACGGGUCAUUCCAAAAAUGCACUAUUGCUUGCAUUUGCCGGAACAGCUUGUGCAGUAUGGUCUUUUGAGGAACCACUGGUGUAUGCGCUUUGAAGCCAAACAUGGCUUUUUCAAGACAAAGAAAUGGAGAUGCUUCAAAAAUUUGCCUUUGAGCAUAAGCACUAAACACCAAAAGUACAUGUGUUACAAACAACAUGGUGCCACAAAUGGUAAAAGAUCAGAGUCCUUCCUAUAUGCAGGUGACAUCGUCAAGGAAGGAGAUACUGUUGUCUUCCAAGAAGCAUUUCCUCACCUUGUUGCGUCCAUGACUGAUAUCCUUGGUCAUGAAAUGGACGAGAACUUCCGUGUGUACGGGACAAACGAUGUUGUGAUUUUGGGUCGUGACUACAGAUGUGGUUGCUGUCUGGUUUUGGCUUACCAAGAUGACAUGCCACAGUUCGGACUUGUUGAGGGCAUUUUCCUCUUUGAAGGAAAUACAAUGUUUAUAGUGAAGUGCAUGCAUAUUCAAUGCUUUGACACCCAUGUCUUGGCAUAUAUCCUUGAACCAACUCGUGAGUACCGGAUUGUACCAUAUGCAAAGCUAUUUUCCAAAUGGCCUCUGAGCGUGCAUAAACAUCAUGGUGACAUAUGUGUCAUGAACAAGUAUACUUACACUUGUGAAAGCCUUUGA